AUGAUGUCCAUGCCAAUGAACGAAGCGGACAGUGUGGUGAAAGUGGCUGAGUGGCAGAAGACCUACUACGCUUCAGAUUCUGGCAUUCAAUCAGGAGCCACCACCGUGCGGGAUGAUGACAGCAGUACUGGGUGCAGUGGCAGUAAGGAGUACACAAGCAGUACAACUAGUACCAAUAUUGCAUCUACAACAACCAGAACUGGAGCAGGAGCAGCAAGUGAACAAGAAAGUGCCACAGAUUUAGAUGCUCACUACUCAUUAACUCGGGCCCAGCGCGUGAGGGCAGCCAUGUUUCCAGAGACGCUGGUGGAGGGAGAGGCAGCCAUACCUGUUCAAGCAGAUCCAACACAACAAAGCAACGUGCAAAGACUGGCUGAGCCCUCUCAGUUACUAAAGACAGCCAUAGUUCACCUGAUAAAUUAUCAGGAUGAUGCAGAGCUGGCCACAAGAGCAGUGCCAGAGCUCACUAAGCUCCUCGCAGAUGACGAUCCGGUAGUGGUCAACAAGGCAGCAAUGAUUGUCAACCAGCUCACUCGGAAGGAGGCUAGUCGCCGGGUGCUUGUGCAGUCUCCAACCAUGGUAGGAGCUGUGGUUCGUGCCAUGACAGCAGCAGUUGACAUGGAGACAGCUCGUUGCACUGCAAGCAUACUCCACAGCCUUUCACACCAGAGUGAUGGACUGCAGGCCAUAUUUAAGUCCGGAGGGAUACCUGCGCUUGUCCGCAUGCUGAGUUCACCUGUGGAGUCAGUUUUGUUUUACGCCAUAACCACCCUGCAUAAUCUUCUGUUACACCAAGAGGGAGCCAAGAUGGCCGUGCGUCUUGCUGACGGCCUUCAGAGAAUGGUGCCCUUACUAAAAAAGAGCAACCCCAAGUUCCUUGCUAUUACUACGGACUGUCUACAGCUCCUGUCUUAUGCCAAUCAAGAAAGCAAGCUAAUCAUUCUCGCCAACGGGGGCCCAGAGGGUCUGGUGUUCAUAAUGAGGAACUACAACUAUGAGAAGCUGCUAUGGACCACCAGUCGGGUACUCAAAGUACUGUCUGUAUGUCCCAGCAACAAGCCCGCCAUUGUAGAAGCUGGAGGUAUGCAAGCUUUGGGUCAGCAUCUCACUGGGUCAAGUCAGCGUCUUAUUCAAAACUGUCUAUGGACGCUACGCAACCUGUCAGAUGCUGCAACUAAGCAAGAAGGUUUAGAUGGUCUGCUCCAGAUAUUAGUCACCCAGCUGGGUUCAGAUGAUGUCAAUAUGCUUACCUGCGCAACAGGCAUCUUGUCCAACCUCACCUGUAACAACUCACGCAACAAGACUCUGGUCACUCAAUUUGGCGGGGUUGAGGCACUGAUCCAUGCUGUGCUGCGUGCUGGGGAGAAAGAAGACGUUGCAGAGCCAGCAGUUUGCGCUUUGCGUCACCUCACGUCGCGCCACCACGAUGCUGAGCUGGCCCAAAAUGCUGUGCGGCUGCACUACGGUGUGCCUGCUGUGGUCAAACUACUUGGACAACCACACUAUUGGCCUGUUAUAAAGGCUACUGUUGGCCUCAUCCGCAACCUUGCACUGUGUCCAGUCAAUCAAGCGCCCCUUAGGGAUGCAGGGACUAUCCCACGAUUGGUAAACCUACUGUUAAAGGCUCACCAGGACACACAGAGGCAUGCCUCUUCUUCCCAGCAGACAUAUCAGGAUGGUGUACGUAUGGAGGAGAUUGUAGAGGGGUGUACAGGAGCACUUCACAUUCUAGCCAGAGAUCCUAUUAACAGAGGAGAGAUUGCCAGCAUGCAGACCAUACCGCUAUUUGUGCAGCUGCUGUACUCGUAUGUGGAGAAUGUGAAACGAGUAGCCGCAGGAGUUUUGUGUGAGUUAGCUCUUGACAAACAGUCUGCGGAACUCAUCGAUGCAGAGGGUGCGUCGGCGCCACUCAUGGAAUUACUGCACUCCAGCAAUGAAGGAAUCGCCACCUACGCUGCAGCAGUGCUAUUUCGGAUUUCAGAGGACAAAAGCUCAGACUACAGGAAAAGAGUGUCAGUGGAGCUGACACACUCACUCUUCAAACAUGACCCUGCUGCUUGGGAAAUGGCUCACACAGUUCCUUUGGAGUCUUCAUACUUGGCUGAUGAGUUAGAUGGGCCAUAUCCUGCCUAUGGCUAUACUGACCUGCCUCUUGACACGCUGCCGUUAGAUCCUGACCUCCAUGAGUCCUACAUACCUGACAUGACCUAUGACCCAAGACAGAACUACCCUGAACCUCUCUAA